GAAUGUUGAUAUUUAAAUUCUGUGUAUUGCGGUAAUAAAUAUUGAGUGUGAUUAUUUCUGUUAAUGGUGGGGCAUGCUACAGAUGAAGUGCGGAAAACUAAUUGACAACGGUCCAGUUUCUUAUGAGCUGUAAAUAUAUUUGUUUUCGCGCCCUGUAAAGAAGAUCACUGUACUGAUUUUUUUCUAAUUUAUCAGGAACAGAUAUUAAAAUUGUGUGGAAAAAGUUCGCAAACUUAAAGCAGUAAUAAUUAGAUAUUCUGGUGGAAAAACACACAUUGACGACGGACAGUUGAGAUUGUCAGUGGGUGCUGCAAAACUGUGACAAUAAAGUGUAUCGUUAGCGUAGAAUAUAAUAUCCGUGACCUAUUAGGAACGCUGCACUGGUUUCGUACUGUGACAGUUUUUUGCAUUAUUUAGCAUCCUGAUGUGAACUAGAGUUCAUUCUCAAUAACCGUUAAUUGAAUUGCGUUUUCCACCACCAUUUAGGUUUUGACCAUGUCUUUAAUAUACUUGUCUAAUUUCACGGUUACGUAAUGUUAACAGGUUGGCUGUAAGGCAAAUGUGCGUUGGAAGAGUGGCCAGGAAGUUAAGAAUUUGAAGGUGUAGUGAUACUUUUAUAGCCCUAUUUUAAGUUAACAUAAUGGCAUUCAGUUUCGGUAAUACUGCAAAAUUCCCAACGCAAACGUCUGCACCAUCUUUUGGUUUUGGCUCCUCGUUAACGACAGCCGCUAAACCGGCAGCCACAGGUUUCUCCUUUGGUACUCCUAGUUUUGGCCUGGGUACUACAGCAGCCACAACAACAACAGGUUUUGGUUUUGGUGGCCUUGGAUCAACACAGAAUACUGGAUUCAGCUUUGGUGCCACAACCACGACAGCAGCUGGAACUGGUGGAUUUGGUACUGGCAGUUUACAGUUUGGUGCUGGAUCAGCCGUAUCUGGGACAGGAACUGCUCCGACAUUUGGUGGAUUUGGAACUACCGGCCAACAACAAACUGGAUUUGGAUCUUUUGGCGCGUUUGGUGCAAAACCGGCGACAUCAAUAGGAGCAUUUGGAAGCACUGGUUUAUUUUCUCAACCACAACAGCAGCAGUCAUUUUUGCAGCAGCAACAAGCGCCUUUGAAAGGGGAAGAGGCCAUUGCAAGGGCUGUGUACUUUGUGCAGAUAUUUGGUGAUGAACGUGAUCAAGUACUGGCAAAAUUUAACAUGCUUCAGGCUUUGUGGGGUUGUGGAAAAGGUUACUAUUUACCUGGCCAACCACCUGUAGAAUUUACUCCUGCUAACCCUUUGUGUCGAUUUAAGGGUAUAGCUUACAGUCGCAGAGUAGAUCCUGAAGAAGCUCGUGAAGGGCUUGUAUUGCUCACGUUUACAAAGGCAGAGGCAGAUGUGCGAGCUGGCCAGUCGCAGCUUGUCCAGAUCUUGCAAACUGCAUUGGGAGAUAGAGCUACGAUUCACAUCGACAGUAUUCGCUCUGUAGGACCUCAGAGAACAACAGUGAGCCUUUAUGCUGAAGAAGCACAACAGCAGUUAGGAACAGCAAAACGUCGCUGUGGAGCAGCAGAACUGGCAGCGGGCAUACGUCAACAUUUGACCCAGCUGGGUGCAGAGUCAGUGCUGCCCCUUACUCUCCUGUUGUCUCCUGAAGUGGAACGAUACCUUUCAGAGCCUCCUCCAGGUAUUGAUGCCCGUCUCUGGAAACAAGCACAGGCUGAAAAUCCAGAUUCAGCUAAUCUCAUACCUGUCCCUGUCAUUGGGUUUGAAGCACUUGCAGCACGUGCUAAAGCCCAAGAACGUGAGGCAGCUGCACACUUAGCAGCAUUAGAUCGAUCAGCUGCUGAAGUUUCUACUUUGCGUGCAGCAUUGGCACGUACAGCUGCUAAGGUUUCUGAGCAACGUCGCCGAGCACUUUCUUUGGAGCAUAGAGCACUAGUUGUAGUCGGCAGACAGCAGAUCAGACGUAAAGCAGGGCAAGCGCUUGACCCUCGUGAAGAGGCUCUGUUGAGUCGAUUGCAGGCACUUCAAGCCCAUCUUUCUGCUCCAUCUGUUGUUAAAGCUAGACUGAAUGAAAGUCUGUCUCAGGUACGCUUGAGGCGAGGAGUUGAUGGCACAGCAGGACCAGGAAGUGGUUUACGAAGUUCAGCAAUGUUUGGUGAUGACUUACGAAAAUUUCUGGAAAUGGAACAAGAUGGCAUUGAUCGCCUUGUAGAAGUUGUGCGAUCUGACUUGAAUUCUAUGCGUACAAUUCAGGAAGGACUUUGCAAACUUUUGCCACAGCAGUACAAAUGAGAUUUCACUUAAUUUUGACAAGAAAUGGAAAUACGUGUGAGAUGUGAUCAUUGUGUUUAUGGUGAGCUUCUACAAUGGAGAUGUUCCUACAGCAUUUGGCUGUUUUGUGAAUGAUAUAUUUUCUGUAACUAUUUUUUUACUCAUUUGUUAAAAUUUUAUUAUUGUCCUAUUGGUGUAUUUUGAAUAUAAGACAACUCUCUUGUGCUACAUUUAUAAUUCAUUAAAUUACUACUGCUUCCAGGUCACAGUAUUGCAUUUAAAAUAUUGUGGGUGAAUUUUAUAUGCAUGAUAUGGAAUCCAUCCUCCAUGCCCACGCCCCCUUUUUCUCACACCUCCCUCUCCUGCUUGGCGUACACAGUCAUUCAGACAUGAAGAUGUGACAUGUACACAUUGCUUUAAAGUAAUGCAGAAUGGAAUGAAUCCAAGGGAAUUUUUAAUGUGUAAUAGGAAGAGAAGAUGGAAUAUAUUUAGCCAACACCUAGAAUUUAGAGCAUUGUAAAAUGAAAGAAAAAGACCUUAGAUUCAGGGUACAUAUAGGAAUACAGAAAAAAAUAGUACAGUUGCUUAGGAGCUAAGAAGAGAUGAUUAAGAGAAAAAGGAUUGGUCAAACUGGAAAGUGAAGGGAUGCAACAUUUCAUAAAGCAGGAGUACAAAACUCCAUGUUAAUGUGGCAAAGUUCCUGCCACAGUCUGAUAAGUUGCUAACAGUGUAUUCAGUAAAUUGGAUUACCUUAUUAUUGAGUAUUCACUUGGUGUGUGUUCAUUAGUGUGGAGUAUGUUUUCCUUUUUAAGCCUUAACCAUUGCCACAGGUCAAGAGGCAGCGACUACACUUGAUUCGAAGAUUUAUUGUUUGAUGGAAUGUACACACAAAUUACUAUGUUGUUGUGGAGUGAGUUGGACAAAGUUGCAGUGUAUUUAUUUAAACGUUCGGUUUUCUAGCUUUUUUUCAAGCUGCCACCUGGUUCUUGAUGCAUGUUUAUCAUAAAAAUUACUUGUUUAUUAAGGGGGGAAAGCCCCGCAUGAUGAAACCAGAACUUAUAAUCGAUGAUUUUAUUAUUGUCCAUUGCUUUGGGCCCUCAUUUGCAAGUAUUGACCUAUUCCAUAACAUCACUAUUUUUAUAUUUAUGUUGCUUAUUCAUCAGUUUCUUACAUGAUAGUUUCAAUUUCCUCUCAGUGUGUGAUUAUUAUGUGGAAAUUUCGUAAAUAUGAUUUGAAAAGAACACAGUCAAAUGUGGAACUGUUCAGAAGAUUCUGAAAAAGUUGUAUAAAAUAAAGUAGUACACCUAUUGAUACACUGAACGAUAGAAAUUUACCAUCUGCAUAAGGGGGACGUUCAGUUCAAAUGUUGCAACUGAUUUGUUUGCCCUUUGUUUCACUAUUGCAGUUGACAAGUAGGCCUGCUUAUUGGCCAAAAUUGUGAAGAGCUUGUCAUUUUCAAUAUUCACACCACCUCACAUUGUCUUAAUUGAUUUGUAAUCUUCAGAAUAUAAAUCUUGUUGUACUGUGUUGUUACUAUGUUGUUGUGGAGUGAGUUGGACAAAGUUGCAGUGUAUUUAUUUAAACGUUCGGUUUUCUAGCUUUUUUUCAAGCUGCCACCUGGUUCUUGAUGCAUGUUUAUCAUAAAAAUUACUUGUUUAUUAAGGGGGGAAAGCCCCGCAUGAUGAAACCAGAACUUAUAAUCGAUGAUUUUAUUAUUGUCCAUUGCUUUGGGCCCUCAUUUGCAAGUAUUGACCUAUUCCAUAACAUCACUAUUUUUAUAUUUAUGUUGCUUAUUCAUCAGUUUCUUACAUGAUAGUUUCAAUUUCCUCUCAGUGUGUGAUUAUUAUGUGGAAAUUUCGUAAAUAUGAUUUGAAAAGAACACAGUCAAAUGUGGAACUGUUCAGAAGAUUCUGAAAAAGUUGUAUAAAAUAAAGUAGUACACCUAUUGAUACACUGAACGAUAGAAAUUUACCAUCUGCAUAAGGGGGACGUUCAGUUCAAAUGUUGCAACUGAUUUGUUUGCCCUUUGUUUCACUAUUGCAGUUGACAAGUAGGCCUGCUUAUUGGCCAAAAUUGUGAAGAGCUUGUCAUUUUCAAUAUUCACACCACCUCACAUUGUCUUAAUUGAUUUGUAAUCUUCAGAAUAUAAAUCUUGUUGUACUGUGUUUGUAUCCUGUCCCAGAAUGAUCUAACACUUGCCAUUAGAGUGCUGAUUUGAAAUAUUUAUGUCCACUUCUCAAAGACUUUUGUUUAUUCAUUGAGAAGACUGAUUAUUUUUUUUUUUUAUUUUCAAUUUUUUUUAUGCAGAUGUACAGAUAAAACAGUGAAUGUAAAAGAAUUUUUUAUAUAGUUUUAAUCUGCUUUGAUUGUCCUUUACAUUACUCCGUGCUGCUUUAAAAAAAAUUGAAAUCCAUUUUGUAGACAGACUUUUAAUUACUCAUAUGUGAACUUGUCAUCUUUCAGUUUGUUUCUGCCUGCCAUAAAAUAUUGAAAGAUAGUCUACUGAAUAGUAUGAUUUCCAAAAUGUGACUGAACUUUCAUGCAAUACCUUUGUGUGUUUGUGUUUACAUUGGAAUAAUAAAUUAAUACAAUAUAUAGCACUAGCAUAGGUUGAUAAAAAUAAUUUAAAAAAAUUAUUGCAUUUUUUUAUAUUCUGUGCACCCAUUCCUAUACAUUCAUAAUUGUGUGAAACUUCUGACAAUAAAUCUUGUUGUACUGUG